AUGUCAUCCGCAGCUGCAGCCGCCGUUGCAGCACCGACCACCGUCUCAGCUCCCAGCGGCGCCCACAUAAACGGUGCCUCUCACCACCAGCGUCCCGCGAAGCGCCCCAACAAUGCCAACCGCAACGGCGCCAACCGCAAGUCCAAGCAGCAACGGACCAAGCGUGAGCGCAACAUCACCGAGGGCUCGACAGAAGAGGUCCUGCGCUGCGACAUUGAUGCGCUGCUCAAGGCCCGGGGCGAGGCUGCCAGUGGCAGCGAAACAGACGCGGCGGCCGACUUGGAAGCUGACCUACCAGAGCCUUACACGGAGAUUGAGGUGGAAAUCCACGAGCUCUCGUCCACGGGCGACGGCCUCGGUAUGGUCGCCGGCUCUAACCAGGUCUAUGUGGUCCCAUUUACCGCCCCUGGCGACACUGCGCGCGUCAAGGUGAUUCGCCACAUCCGCGGCGAGGGCCACUCCCACGCCGACUUUGUCUCCGUCGUCAAGGCCUCGCCCCUGCGAGACGACACCCGCAUCAAGUGCCAGUACUUUGCCUCGUGCGGUGGCUGCCAGUUCCAGAUGCUCGACUACGCCGAGCAGCUGCGGCGCAAACGCCGCAUCGUCGUCAAGGCCUACGACAACUUCUCCAACCUCCCGAAAGAGCUCAUCCCCGAAAUACACGACACCAUCGGCAGCCCGCUCCAGUACGGCUACCGCACCAAGCUCACACCGCACUUUGACGGCCCGCCCGGGUUCCGGCCAGGAAAGCGCGGCAAGAGCCAGGGCGCGGCGUUUUCCGCCUGCCCCGACAUUGGCUUCAUGCAAAAGGGCCGCCGCAAGGUGCUGGAUAUCGAAGACUGCCCGAUUGGCACCGAGGCGGUGCGGCUGGGCAACGUGCGCGAGCGCAGGCGCAUGCAGGACGAGUACACAAAGUAUGUACGCGGCGCGACGCUACUCCUCCGUGAGAAUACAACCCGCCAUCCCAAAGACAGCGAAGCCGCCAAAGCACCCCUUGCGCCGCACACGGUUAAGUCAGAGGUCGGCGACUUUGUCGACGUCAAGUCCUGCGAGACUGAUUCCAAAGCCACCACCACCGAGUAUAUCGACGACUAUAUCUUUACCAACCCCGCCGGCUCCUUUUUCCAAAACAACAACUCCAUACUCCCCGUCUUUACCUCGUACAUCCGCGACCGCAUUCUCCCCACCGCCGCCACAACAGACGGCAGCAGCAGCCCCCCCAUCAAGUACCUCAUCGACGCCUACUCGGGCUCCGGCCUCUUCACAAUCACACUGUCCUCUGUCUUCCAGCACUCCAUCGGCAUCGACAUUGCCGGCGCCUCCAUCGAGUACGCGCGCAAAAACGCCGCCCUCAACGGCCUCGGCGAGGACCGCUGCCGCUUCCUCGCCGCCGACGCCGGCGAGCUUUUCCGCUCCGUCACGUACCCCGCCGACGAGACCGUCGUCGUGCUCGACCCCCCGCGCAAGGGCUGCGAUGCGAGCUUCCUCGCGCAGCUGCGCCGCUUCGGCCCCCGUCGCGUGCUCUACGUGAGCUGCAACGUGCACACGCAGGCGAGAGACGUCGGGGUGCUGGUGCGCGGCGAGGGCGAGGGCCGGCGCUACGAGAUUGAGAGUCUGGUGGGUUUUGACUUUUUCCCGCAGACGGGCCACGUCGAGGGCGUGGCUAUUUUGAAUAGAGUGGAGGAGUGA